CGAUUAAAGGGAAUCAGAUUUGUUAUCCCAUAUGGACUAAUUCUGUGAUUGGGUUUCAAGACACAAUACAUUGGAGGGCAUAAGGAGAAAUUUGUAAGGUGUCCAAUGCGGCACUUGUUAAUAGGUUAGAGUGUAGGUCAUCAUUCACAUUUAGAUAUGGCUGGAAAGGCGAAUUGUGGCUUUAAUAUAGACGGAAUGGCUUCUGCUAUACCACCUACCAAUCCAUCAUCAAUGUCAAUAAAACUGGGAGUGAUAAGAGGAUCUGAAGGGCUAAUGACAUUCGGUCGAUCACUGAAGUGUGGAGUUACCAGAGUUGUGUUCCCAGAAGAUCUCAAGGUCUCUGAAAAAAUGAUAUUUGAUCCUCAGGAUAAGUCCCUCCUUUUUUGGAAUAGGCUUUUGGUUAUUUCAUGUAUCUUUUCGGUAGCAGUUGAUCCUCUAUUUCUUUACCUUCCGGUUUUCAAGAGUGAUGAAGACCACUGUCUUCACAUAGAUUCAAGUUUAGCAUACACAACAACCACCUUGAGGACAAUAAUAGAUUCAUUUUACCUCAUCCGAAUGAUUCUCCAGUUUCGCACAGCUUACAUUGCUCCUUCAUCUCGUGUUUUUGGACGAGGUGAACUCGUGAUAGAUCCCAAAGAAAUUGCAUCCAGAUACCUACAUCGUUAUUUUAUAGUUGAUCUUCUUUCUAUUCUCCCUCUGCCUCAGAUUGUGGUCUUGAGAUUCCUUAAUGGAUCCCGAGGCUCGAAUGUAGUAGGUACAAAGAGAGCUCUAGUUCUCCUUGUUAUUCUUCAAAGCAUUCCCAGGUUUUUCCGGUUUUUACCUCUAACUUCGGACUUGAAAAAGACUUCUGGAGUGUUUGCUGAAACCGCGUGGCUUGGCGCUGCAUAUUACAUGUUGUGGUUCAUGCUGGCAAGUCAUAUAUUUGGAGCUUACUGGUACCUGUUAGCUGUGGAACGUAAAAAUUUCUGUUGGCAAAAAGCGUGUUUAGAAAGUGCAGAUUGUAGUCCAAGUUAUUCUUUACUGUUUUGUUCACUUGAUAGACAUAAAACCGCAAAUUUAACUGGUUGGAGACAAAUAACUGAAGAUGUUCUCCACAAAAACUGUGCUGCUGAUAACGAUAAUCGGUUUAACUAUGGCAUAUACACCCAAGCUGUGUCAUCUGGUAUUCUUGACUCUGAAGAAUUCAUCCCCAAGUAUUGCUAUUGCUUGUGGUGGGGCUUGCAGAAUUUGAGCACUCUUGGGCAGGGUCUUGAAACAAGUACAUAUUCUCUGGAGGUUCUAUUUUCAAUAGCAUUGGCCAUUAUUGGGCUCCUGCUGGUUGCUAUUCUCAUUGGAAACAUGCAGACGUAUCUUCAAUCUAUAACGGUUAGGCUGGAGGAGAUGAGGAUAAAAAGGCGCGACUCGGAGCAAUGGAUGCAUCACAGGGUGCUGCCACCGGAGCUGAGGGAAAGAGUGAGGCGUUAUGAUCAGUACAAAUGGUUGGAAACUAGAGGUGUAGAUGAAGAAAGUAUAGUGCAGAAUCUGCCUGUAGAUCUCAGAAGAGAUAUUAAGCGCCAUCUUUGCCUAAAUUUAGUUAGAAGGGUGCCUCUUUUUGCAAACAUGGAAGAGAGGCUGUUGGACGCCAUAUGCGAGCGACUAAAGCCAAGCUUGUUCACAGAAAACACAUACAUCGUCCGAGAGGGCGAUCCAGUGGACGAGAUGCUCUUCAUCAUCCGGGGGCGCAUGGAGAGCGUGACAACAGACGGUGGCAGAAGCGGUUUCUUCAAUCGUGGAAUUCUAAAGGAGUGCGAUUUUUGCGGGGAGGAGCUUCUCACAUGGGCGCUAGACCCAAAAGCAGGGGCGAACUUGCCGCCAUCAACUCGCACGGUGAAGGCCUUGACGGAAGUGGAAGCCUUCGCACUGAUAGCCGACGAGGUGAAGUUCAUCACCACCCAGUUCCGGCGCAUCCACAGCCGGCAAGUGCAGCACACUUUCCGGUUUUACUCGCAGCAGUGGAGGACGUGGGCCUCCAUGUACAUCCAGGUCGCGUGGCGACGCUACACUCGCCGAAAAAAUAUAGAACUCCGCCAUAGCGAGGCCGACUCCGAUGACGAUGAUGACCAAGGGGUUGUGUACGGCGAUGGUGCAGGCAAGGACGCCGAUAACGAAGAAACCAUGUUGAUCAGGGGGUUUUCGUCUUCCUCCUCCUCCCUUAGCAACCGAGGCAUCCGCGCCACCAUGUAUGCUUCUCGGUUCGCUGCAAACGCGCUAUCAAAGGUGCGCAAAUUUAGAUCUUCUAGCCUCAUCAUGAAACCUCCCAAGCCUCCUGAGCCAAACUUUGAUAAUGAGGAUCUCACUAAGGUUCAACGUUUUAUUUGAUCCACCCACGUCACUACUGCAUCCAUGCAUACCUUAAUUACAUCAUCCCCUUUCUAACUUGCCACACAUCAGGAAUCAACUGAGUGUUCGUAUUUUAGGAUCAUUCUUACAGGCAAUUCGUUCUUAGCCUAGGAUAAUGCAACACUACUAAUUUGUCCUAAUACGUAUUUCUAUGUUUGUUCAGUUAAUUUAGCUUGAGUUCUACUACGUAUACAUUCAAAUUCUACUCCCUCUAUCAAUUUUACACAUGAUGUGAUAAACAAUGAUAGAAUAUUUUCAUUA